ACGGUCUGGAAUUCGCCAUUCGCGCCGACUGAUGGAUGAGCAUUGAGCAGCCAGCUCGCAGCUGUGAAUUGAGAUGAAAAACAAGGUGAAUAUUAUUGUUGUUUCGAUAACGCGACAUCAUUCAUUGUCAUCAUUGGGACCAGGAUAUCUCCGCCGCUAGUCCCAGAAAAAAGUCGUCCCGCUGAAUUGUAACGCCCAACGCCUAUUCAUUGAGGGGACUCCCAAUUCCAAUACCUACACCAAUUGAAAAUUUCAAGCUCCGCCAUCGAAUCUGGAAGCCGAUAUCUCCACCACAUUCGAGAUAUUCCAGUCCAAAACUUUGCACUAUGGGGCGACGAGGCGGAAAACGAGGCAACUGGGGAGGUAAAGGAAGGCGCGGCGGCGGCGGUGGAGGACAACGAGCCGCCAACUACGACCCCAUCGAGAAGAAGAACGAACUUUUCGAGAAAUACUAUGGCGAACUGGGCUUAUUUGAUGGCCCGGAAGACGUCGAGGCAUUCUGGACUGCGCUCCGCCGAGAAUUGCCAAACAGCUUUCGCUUUGCUGGAUCGAAAGGUCAUGCUUUGACCGUCCAAGAACGUCUUGUCUCGCACUACAUCCCGGAGAUCAAGACCGUCGAGCUCGACGGCCAACUCGCCGAGCCUCCGAAGCAGCUACCAUGGUAUCCGGAAAAUCUCGCUUGGGAGAUGAAGACCCCGAAGAACGUCGUCCGCCGAUAUGCCCCGUUCGCAUCCUUCCAGAAGUUCCUGGUCUCUGAAACCUCGGUCGGCAACAUCUCGCGACAGGAAGUCGUCAGCAUGAUCCCGCCGUUGCUGCUCGACGUGCGACCCGGGAUGACGGUUUUAGACCUUUGCGCUGCGCCGGGAAGCAAGUCCGCGCAACUGAUCGAGAUGAUCCAUGGGGGUGAAGAAGCGCGGGUUAGGAAAGUCAUGAAGGAUAUCGCGAAGGAAGAGGGACGGGAAGCGAGCCCAGAUGGCAUCGAGGCGGCAUUGGAGCAGUCACAACUCGAGAAAGAAGACGACUGGUCCGACGAUGGCCGACCAACGGGCCUGCUGAUCGCCAACGACGUCGACUACAAACGCGCGCACAUGUUGAUCCACCAAGCCAAGCGACUGAACUCCGCGAACCUCAUCGUCACGAACCACGACGCCACCAUGUUCCCAUCCAUCCAACUCCCAAGCGCGCCCGGCCAAUCGCAGCGCUACCUCAAAUACGACCGCAUCCUCGCGGACGUCCCCUGCUCCGGCGACGGGACCGCGCGAAAGAACCCGGGCGUCUGGCGCGACUGGAUCCCCGCGAACGGGCUCGGGCUCCACACGAUGCAGGCGCGCAUCCUUGUGCGGGCGCUGCAGAUGCUGAAGGUGGGCGGUCGGGUGGUUUAUUCUACCUGCAGCAUGAACCCCGUGGAGAACGAGGCGGUGGUAGCGCACGCGAUCGAGCGGUGCGGAGGGUUGCAGAAGGUUGAACUGGUGGAUUGCUCGGACCAGCUGCCGGAGUUGAAACGACGUCCCGGUCUGACGGAUUGGAAAGUUAUGGAUCGGAACGGCGAGUUCUGGGGUUCAUGGGAGGAGUAUGAGAAGGGAGACGACGUUUCUACUACCAAAGACACCAAGAACAAGGUUAUUCCCGAAGUAUUCCCACCGGUCGAUUCGUCGCCCGAAGACAAAGUCCCGCUCGAGCGGUGCGUGCGCCUUUAUCCGCAUCUGCAAGAUACCGGAGGCUUCUUCGUUGCCGUCUUGGAGAAGAAAUCGGAGAUUCGUGCGCUUCCGGAAGGAAGGCACAACCGCGUGGCCCUGCUUGAACAGCAGAAGAAGAAGGCCAUUGACGGUACCGCGUCUGAGAAAGCGGUAAAAGAAGAAGAGCCAGCCAACGGUGCUGCCACUAGUCCGUUGAAUGGGGAUCGUGCUUCAACCAAGCGUACUCUCGAAGACCCAUCCGAAACGGUGCAAGACGAGACGCCACCGAAAAAGCAGCGGGUCGAGGAAGAGCCUUCAGAUGUCAGGACUGAGAAGACCGAGGAGCAGCCAACUGUGGCCACCGAAGCGCCAAUCAAAGCGCCGGCUGCCUCGACAAAUGGCCACGCUGCGCCCGAAGAUUCCAAGCCCACACCCGCCGGCCUGACCGGAACGGCAUCCGCAAUCCUCAAGUCCCAAGACACCCGACCCCCCCGAAAAUCCAACCAACCCUUCGAAGAGCCGUUCAUCUACAUCUCCCCUCACCACGCGGUGGUUGACGAGGUCUACGAAUUCUACCACAUCGCCGCCCGCUUCCCGCGCACGCGCUUUAUGGUCCGCAACGCCACAGGCGAGCCGGCCAAGUCCAUCUACUACACCUCGCAACUCGCCAAGGACAUCCUGUCGGAGAACCAGGGGCGCGGGAUGAAGUUCGUGCAUUGCGGGGUGAAAAUGUUCCAGAAGCAGGACGCGCAGGGACGGGACGUGUGCCGGUGGCGGAUCCAGAGCGAGGGCCUGCCGAUUAUCGAUGCGUGGGUGGGCGAGGAGAGGGUGGUGCGGCUGUAUCAUCGGGAGACGCUGCGGAAGUUGCUGAAGGAGAUGUUCCCGACGCUAGGCGGGGAGAAGUGGCGGGAGUUGGGGGAGAUCGGGGAGAAGGCGCGGGAUAUGAGCAUGGGGUGCUUCGUGCUGCGGGUGGAGCAGAGUGAGGAGGAGGAUGGGUUUCAAGAGCGGAUGGCGAUUCCGCUGUGGCGGAGCAUUAACAGUAUCAAUCUGAUGUUGCCGAAAGAGGACCGAAAAGCGAUGCUUCUCCGACUCUACAACGACGACUCCCCCCUCAUCGAUCUCUCGAAGGAACGCUACAAUCAAAUCAACAAGCCGGAGGAUUCGCCGUCGCCAAUUGAUGUGGAUGCGGCCGACCCUGCCACGGACGUAGGAGCCGAUGAGAAGAACGCCGACGCCAAAGGUGGCGCCCUGUCAGAAGACGAGGAGGACGGCGGCGUGCCGCUCAAGGGGUGUGGUGCCUCUGAAUCAGCAUCGAUACCGGCCACAGAGCCGUCCAGUGCUCCGGACGUUGGAGAGAAUCAGCCGGAGUAGGAUUUGGGAGAUGUUGGGUGGUGGCGGCGUCACGAUGCAUGACUGGAUGUACACGUUCAGACAGACAGGCAAGCGUAGAAUGAGAUCUGAAGAGACAUGCCAUGGAUCGUACAUAAUGGAGAACCCGCUACCUGGUUGUGAUCCUCAUGAAUGAGAUCUCAUAUGUCAACUUCUGGCUUCCACUUGUAUCUCGAAUUGAAUCGAUCCGUAGCCACCUCGGUCGUC